CGCUGCUGGUGAAUCGCUCGUUUCCCGUCGACCGCUGCCGUGAUUGUUCAUCCAUCCAUUGCGAAUCAAGAGGCAAACAGCUGCGGCUAUCUUUCUAGCGCUCGCUUACAGCGAGGCGCACUCGGCGAGCCUGACGCCGACAUGGCUCUGCGGAGUGUCGCACCUCGCAAAACUCCGGGCACUUCGACGCUGCGCGAGGUGUUCCGUCGCGGCAGUGUCGCUGUGGCGCACUGACCCCAGAACCAUCAGCUGAGAGCGCCCAGCCCAACGCGGGCGUCAACCGGACCCAGAGAUGCCGUCGUGCUGCAUCGACGCUGUGGGCGAAACCAACGACGGGAUUGCGCUGGUGUUGACGACCGGUGACCACUCGCCGCCUGUCGCCCUGGGCAGCCGUCAACGGCGGCUAUGAAAGGAGCCGCAGGAACCCGCUAUUGCUGUAUAUACCGAGGACUAGGCUCGUGAGAAAAAAAAUAAGGAGUGAGAAAAUUGCCACGGGGCGUUCGUUCGUCCGCUCACUGUCAAGACGAUGGUGUCCAUAAUCAAGAAUCAGAUUCUCAAGCACCUUUCCAAGUUCACCAAGAACCUGUCGCUGGACAAGAUCCAGCUGAGCACUCUUCGAGGCCACUGCGAGCUGCGUCACCUGGAGCUCGAUGAGCAGGUGCUCACUGAGCUGCUCGAACUACCCACAUGGCUCUGCCUCACACGGGCUGUCUGCAACUAUCUCACUCUCAAGAUACAUUGGACGAAGUUAAAAUAUGUCCCUAUACACUUGUGUUUGGACGAAGUGCUGGUUGAAGUGGAAACCUGUGAGCAACUAAGGCCACCCUCGAGCAGCAAGCCUAGCUACAGCUCGGGAGGCCGGUACGGCUUUUCAGAUCGGGUCGUCGAUGGCAUGAAAGUGGUCGUCAACUCGGUAGUGGUGAACUUCCAGUCUGCUUCAUUUGUUGCUUCAUUUCAGCUGUCUCGGGUGGUGCUGGACAGCCGGACACCUCGCUGGGACCCUGGGGACCUACGUCUCUGCCGCAUCAAGGGUCCCGACCAGCUGCUUCUUUUCCGACAACUCCAGUGGCAGAUGAUGAGACUGGAGGCUCACGCCCGGGGAGCCCACGCGGGGGCACCGCUGCGCCUCAUCACCAACGGGGCACGCUGUCGCAUUGUGCUCAAGAAGCGCCUCGCUGACUGCAGCCUGGUUGCCAGCCGCCUGGUCCUAGUACUGGACGAGCUGCUCUGGGCCCUGACCGAUGCUCAGCUGGUGGCAGCCUUGCAUCUGGGCCACUCUCUGGCUGCCCUGGUGCGAAAGGCGGCUGCCCAGGGGCGUCGUCACCGAGCUGCCAGUUCGACCCUGCCGACACCCGACCACUUCUCGACUUCCAGCGCACCCCCUCCUUCCUCUCAGAGGGGCGGCACUGGAGGAACCCCCAAGAGCCCGCUGGUGGAAUUCUUUCGGCAGCACGACGUGCUCGAGACGUCGUACCAUAUGUUCUGUACUCGCAUCGAUCUGCACCUCUGCGACGACAUGGACCCCAAGGAGACUCGAUCUAGUUGGCCUCCGCUGCAAGGUGGUGCUGCCCUCCAGGUCCUGCUGGAGAAGCUCCUCAUCGACUACUACCCUUUCCACGGAGCAGCGAGCUCCCGCAACCAAUGGCUCAAGUACAGCGAGCCCACGUCGGGGCGGCAGACUUGGGUGCAGCACAUGCUUUCCCAGUGGGCGGAGGGCGGCCCAUCGUCCUCCUCUACACCGGGCAGCAACACACCGUCGUCACGCGACUGGCGCACACUCAUGUCCAGCUGCCUGCUCGUGCGGCUCGAGGAGUUUUCCAUGCAACAGGUAUGCAUGGCAGGGCGUAGCCAGCGUCGGCCGUUCUUGGCAUCAGAAGGUGCCACUGUGCUACUUCCCGGGGAGGCCCUGCACCUCGAACUGACCCACUACUAUGCGCGACCUUCGCCAGCCACGACGCCCGUCACGGCCAAUGGCCACGUCAGGAGUCCGGGCUCCGGCAAAGGCAGCAUCGCGUCAUCACUGGCCGGCAGCUCUGUGCCCGAGCCGCACCUGUUUGCCUACCUGGGACCCACUGCAUUGCGACUGGACCUUCCCACCGUGCUCUGGGGGCACGCUUUUCUGCACAGUGUCCACAAGUGCACGGCGCACCUGUCCUGUGCCAAUGGAGCGUCACCUCUGGCCGUGCGGGUUGAAAUGAUCCUGCCGAAGGUCGCAGUGCCCCAGUUUGAGCGCGAGCGUCCUCUGUGGCCCGAAGAGCACUCCUCGGGUGGAGGGGAAAGCCGGGAGUUGCAGCUGGGCUGCUCGCGGGCAGUGGCCACCAACUGGCGUCCAGCCGACAGGGGUGCCUGCCUGGAGGCCCUGGGCAGGGGUCCUCUCUUCUUCGAAACUACCAGCUUUCCCUGGCGGCCCGAUGGAGGAGGGGCCAGCCCCGAUCCCCCGCCCGUACACCCAUGCUUCCUGCAGGGACAGCAGCAGCGCUCCAGUGGAGACCCCGAAGCAGAGGCGUCUCUAUGGUCGGUGCAGCUGGAUCCCUGCUGGGCAGAAUUUGUUGAACGACCCGGGUCAAGACCGCGUGCAUUCGUGGAGCCACUGCCGCUCACGCUUUGGAUAGCUGCACCAGCAACACUUGCAUCACACGUGCCGCUGUUGCUGCACGUGCCAGCGCCCCUGCGGCUGCAGCUGGGGCGAAGGGAGUGCGCUUUCUUGCUGCGGCUUGCACGCUCGGCAGCCAUGCUGCAGGAGCAGGCAGCUCUCGACCGACUGGCCAUCCUCGGUCCUAGUGGCCGGGCACCUCCAUCUGUGAGUGUGACGGCACUGUGGCCCCGUGUGGAGGUGACAUUGCUACUGCCACCUGCACCCACAAGUGCAGCCGGCGGCUCGGCUAGCGAUGCCUCAGAGCGGCCCUCGUCUUCCACCACCACUAGUGAAGCCGACGAGGUUUCGCCACACGGGGCAGUUGACUCGCCAGACUCUCCACUGAGACAGUCGCUGCCAGCUUCCAUCAACGUGCCUCCAUCAGUCCCACUGGGCUCGGGGGAGGCGACCAAGACGGCUCCCCCGUGGACCCUCCGCAAGGGAUUCGCUACCGUUGUGUCUGGAAUAGACGCGGUUCUUGCCAAAGGUGCAGCGGAUGGUGAACUGGAUUCUGUGGCAGACGACGACAGCGUCUCCCUGCGGAGCGACCUCUCGUCGGACUCGGACCAGCUGCUCCUUGCCACCGGGGCACUGGACGAGGUCCUGGGUCGCGGUGGUGCCGCCGAGGUCGCACAAGAUGCGGCCGAGCUUCUGGCCUUGGAUCAUCAUGGAGGCAGUGCGCAGGCCACCGCCAUGCUGGAAAGUGCUGAGUGGCAUAGUGGACGUGUUGGGGGAAGCUCGGGGCGUCCCUGUGUGGCGGUGCGCCUGCACGACCUGCAGCUGGUGGGCUGGGCAGGCCCCGACGGUGCCACCCUGCUGCUCCAGAGUCAGCACCUGGCUCUGGAAGAGAGGCACACUGCCGCAGCUGCCACAGCCGCAGGUGGGUCUUGUGGAGAGACGGAAGACGAGCGUUGCCUGUUCAGCGUGCGAUGGGAGAGCCCUGCCCCCGGUGGCUGUGCUAACGAAAAGGCAGCCAGCUGUGGCCUUCGUGCACUCGUGCGAGGCCUGUGCCUGAGAUUGAGCGCCGAGGCACUAGCCGGCCUUGCCCAGUUGGCGCAGGUGGAGCCUCCGCCACAGCGGGCAAUACCGGUGCGCCUUCUGGUUCAUGGACUCAGCGUCACUCUGCUGGAUGAUCCUUCGUCAUCUGGUUCAGUCAGUGAAGAGAACGGUGGCCUGCUGCUCAAAGUGCCCCAGUGCCUGGUGGACAGGACACCUUCAGGCGCUGUCUAUAUCCUGCCCACUGGAUGUGGUUCACUGACCGAGGCAGUGCAGCAGCUUCUGUGGAGGAAGGAAGAGCUCAGGCCUCGACCAGAGCCAGUGCCAGGGGCGCUCCAACCGGACCUCAGCGGACUCGUGGAAGAGAAUGAGCGGCUUCGCCAGCGGCUUUCACAACUCCAUGCUCUUCAAAGGGACAACCGCCUUCUACGCGAGCAGGUGCAGUCUCAACUUGGAACCUUGGGUUCAGAUUGACAGAGUGUCCCAUCUAGCAGAGAGGAAUGCAGGCGGAGAAUUUCAAGGGGUCGAUUAGUGAGGG